GGCCCCUGCACUCCGGCCAAGGUCUGCUGGCUGCGGCGGGCGCGGGACGCGGGACGCGGGAGGCGGCGGCCGUGCAGGAACAGUGAACCAUGGAGCUGUAUUUCGGUGAAUAUCAGCACGUGCAGCAGGAAUAUGGCGUCCAUCUGAGACUUGCAAGUGAUGAAACCAAAAAACCACGGAAUUUCCAGCACUCUAAGGCAGGCUCCUACGGUGUCAGUAUUAGGGUCCAGGGCAUCGAUGGCCACCCCUACAUAGUCCUGAAUAACACGGAUCGGUGUCUAGCAGGGACAUCCUUUCCUGAAAAUGGGCCUUCGUGUCCCUCUCCAGUCAUCAGUAACCUGCCUGUCCAUUCCAACCGAGGGUCCGUGCUGAAGAACAGGGCAGAAGAAUUGCAGCUCCCAGAAAACCCAUAUGCUCAGCCCAGCCCAGUAAGAAACUUGAAACAGCCCUCUGCCCACGAGGGCAAGAACGGAGUUCUAGAACGCAAAGACGGGCCAAUGAAGUCAACCCACGUGCUGAACUUCCAGAGGCAUCCAGAGCUCCUGCAGCCCUAUGACCCAGAAAAGAGUGAACUGAACUUACAGAAUCACCAGUCUCCUGAAAGUAAUUGGCUAAAACCUCUAACAGAAGAACCUACCAACGGUAAGAAGCCUUGGACUUGCUUUUCCAAACCUACCAAUUCCCAGCCUACCAGCCCCCCGUUGGAAGACUUGGUCAAGCCCAAUGUGACAGCCAUUCGUGUAUGCAGCUCCGUGGUCAUAGACGACCCCAAAAAGCAGACCUCGGUCUGCGUGAAUGUUCAGAGCUGUACCAAAGAGGGGGUGCCAGAGGAGGGCGCUUCCCCCAGCGGGAGGCCCGUAUCUGCACACAGCCCCCAUGCCCACUCUGAAACCAAGAAAACCAGACCGGAUGUCCUUCCCUUCCGGCGACAGGACUCGGCAGGACCCGUCUUGGACGGGGCUCGGUCCCGGAGGUCCUCCUCGUCAUCGACGACUCCCACUUCGGUCAACUCUUUGUACCGAUUUCUGCUGGAUGACCAGGAAUGUGCCAUCCACGCUGACAACGUCAAUCGUCACGAAAACAGAAGGUACAUCCCUUUCCUGCCAGGAACUGGGCGGGAUAUUGACACAGGAUCCAUUGCCGGUGUGGAUCAGCUCAUUGAAAAAUUUGAUCAAAAAUGCGGCCUUCAGAGAAGAGGCAGGUCUGGGAAACGAAACAGAAUCAAUCCGGAUGACAGGAAGAGAUCCAGGAGCGUGGAUAGUGCCUUUCCGUUCGGACUCCAAGGGAACUCGGAGUACCUAACCGAAUUUAGCAGGCACUUGGGCAAGUCCAGCGAGCACCUCCUGCGGCCGUCCCAGGUGUGCCCGCAGCGGCCGCAGUCCCAGGAGCGCCGUGGGAAACAGAGUGUGGGCCGCACGUUUGCAAAGCUGCAGGGGGCCGUGCAGGAUGCCCACCCCAGACCUCCCCAGCUGACCAAAGAUGGGAAAGUUCUGGAAGACAAAGGUGGUUGGGAAAGUACUGCGGCCUGUGCAUCCUCCCCCCUAGCAUCGAGCAAAAAGGAGGAGGAAGUAAAAACGGCCACGGCCACGCUGAAGUUGCAGAGUCGGUCAGUGGCUACCUCGCCAGACUCUGGGGUCAAGAAAGUGUCUGUGAAGGCCUUCCCUUCCACCUCCAGCACUCAGGCCACACCGGAUCUCUUAAAGGGCCAGCAAGAGCUCACCCAACAAACCAACGAGGAGACGGCCAAGCAGAUACUCUACAAUUACCUCAAAGAAGGGAGCACUGAUAAUGAUGAUGCUACCAAAAGGAAAGUCAACUUGGUCUUUGAGAAAAUCCAAACAUUGAAGUCAAGAGCAGCCGGAAGUCCGCAAGCAAAUAAUCAAGCUUCUGAUUCCUCAUCUGAAGUCAAAGAUCUAUUGGAACAGAAAAAUAAGUUGACUGUAGAAGUGGCUGAACUUCAGAGACAGCUUCAACUGGAAAUCAAGAACCAAGAGAACAUCAAAGACGAGAGAGAGAGAAUGAGAGCAAACUUGGAAGCGCUCCGAAGCCAGCACGACAGUAAGGUGGAGGAGAAUUCCGUCUUGAAGCAGCGACUGGAAGAAAGUGAAGGAGAGCUCCGCAAGAACCUGGAGGAGCUCUUCCAGGUGAAGAUGGAACGAGAGCAGCACCAGACUGAAAUCCGGGAUCUCCAGGACCAGCUCUCGGAGAUGCACGAUGAACUGGACAGUGCGAAGCAGUCCGAGGACAGUGAGAAGAGUGCUCUGAUUGAGGAGCUCCUACAGGCGAAACAAGACCUCCAGGACCUGCUGAUCACCAAAGAGGAGCAAGAAGACCUCUUGAGGAAGCGGGAGCGGGAGCUCACUGCCCUGAAGGGAGCCCUCAAAGAAGAGGUUUCCAGCCACGACCAGGAGAUGGACAAGCUGAAGGAGCAGUACGAUGCCGAGCUGCAGGCCCUGCGGGAGAGCGUGGAGGAAGCAACCAAGAAUGUCGAAGUCCUGGCCAGCCGGAGCAGUGCUUCUGAGCAGAACAAGGUGGGGGCUGAGAUGCGUGAGAAGCUGCUGAAGGAGGAGAAUGAGAAGCUGCAGGGGCGGAUUGGAGAGCUGGAGCGGAGAGCGGCCCAGCUUCAGAGGCACAUCAACGACCUGAAAGGCGACGAAGCCAAAGCAAAGGAUGCGCUCCAGAAGUACGAGGGACAAGUGCGGCAAUUAGAGGAGGCCCUCGCGCAUGCCAGAAAGGAAGAAAAAGAAGCCACGUCCGCCAGAAAGACCCUGGAGAAUGAGCUGACGGAUGCCCAGAGGAACCUGAGUCGAACCACGCAGGAGCAGAAGCAGCUGUCGGAGCAGCUCAAGGACGAGGUGGAGCAGAAGGAGCAGUUACGAAGGCUGAAGAACGACAUGGAGAAUGAGCGCUGGCAUCUGGACAAGACCAUCGAGAAGCUGCAGAAGGAGAUGGCUGACAUCGUGGAGGCGUCGCGCACGUCGACGCUGGAGCUCCAGAACCAGCUGGAUGAGUACAAGGAGAAAAACCGCAGGGAGCUCGCAGAGAUGCAAAGGCAGCUGAAGGAGAAGACCCUAGAGGUGGAGAAGUCCCGACUGACGGCUGUGAAGAUGCAGGAUGAGAUGCGCCUGAUGGAGGAAGAGUUACGGGACUACCAGAGAGCUCAGGAUGAAGCACUCACGAAGAGGCAGCUCCUGGAGCAGACACUGAAAGACCUGGAGUAUGAGCUGGAGGCCAAGAGUCACCUCAGGGAUGACCGUGGCAGACUGGUGAAGCAGCUGGAGGACAAGGUGUCUCAGCUGGAGAUGGAACUGGAAGAGGAAAGGAACAACUCGGAUCUGCUGUCAGAGAGGAUCACUCGAAGCAGGGAACAGAUGGAACAGGUGAGGAAUGAGCUACUUCAGGAGAGAGCUGUGCGGCAGGACUUGGAAUGCGACAAGAUUUCCCUGGAGAGACAGAACAAGGACUUAAAGAGCCGCAUUAUCCACCUGGAAGGCUCCUACAGGAGCAGCAAGGAGGGGCUGGUGGCGCAGAUGGAGGCCAGGAUCACAGAGCUGGAGGAGCGGCUGCAGAGCGAGGAGAGGGACCGGGCCAGCCUCCAGCUCAGCAACCGGCGGCUGGAGCGGAAAGUGAAGGAGCUGGUGCUGCAGGUGGAUGAUGAGCACCUGUCACUCACCGACCAGAAGGACCAGCUGAGCCUGCGCCUGAAAGCCAUGAAGCGGCAGGUGGAGGAGGCGGAAGAGGAAAUUGACAGGCUGGAGAGUUCGAAGAAGAAGCUGCAGCGGGAGCUGGAGGAGCAGAUGGACGUGAACGAGCAGCUGCAGGGCCAACUCAGUUCCAUGAAGAAGGACCUCAGCAGGCUCAAGAAGCUGCCCAGUAAGGUGCUGGACGACGUGGAUGACGACGACGAUGACCUCAGCACCGACGGGGGCAGCCUCUAUGAGGCGCCGCUGAGCUACACCUUCCCCAAGGACAGCACCAUCGCCAGCCAGAUCUGAGUCCGCUUCCAGGACCUGCAGUGGCUCUCAUGCCCAACGGGAACUCUGCAGCCACCCUAAGCAGGGAGCGGGGAAGGGAGCGAGAGCCUGCCGUGCAGACCCAUCGCUGCCUCUAACCCACAGCCGGCGAUGGUGCAUCCCUUCCUGCGGUCUCUGCGUGCUUGAGCACCCCCUGGAUCUUACGCAGGGAGCUGCUGCGGUUUCAACUGUCGAGAUGCCUAAGGCAGUGACCCACCCACCUUAUGGGGUCUUUUGGAAAAUGUCGUUUGCUAGAAUGAGGCCUGUGUUCUUUACAGCUCCUGCCAUCACCACUUACAGCCCCCUCCUGCCACCAGCAAGGGUCCAAGCUGCUAGUGAUUACCGAAUAGCCAUUGUGCCUGGAGGAAUGAUGUGUGGGGUGUACACAUUUUAAACCAGAGCCACUCACGGGCUGCUCCUGUUGCAUUUGGAAACGUUAGAGUGCCUACACAGGGUGGCCAGUUCGGUAAGGUUGCACGUCUCUAAGGAAUUACUAGUAUUAAGGAGCAGAGAUGAGAGCGAGUGAGUAAAAGUAGAAUAACUACUUCGGAAGUCAGAGUUGGAAAAAAAGGAAUUGUCAUGACAAUGGAGAAUAGAAAUUCUAGCAGUCUGGGUGAGGACCUGCUGCCUGAGAGAGAGAGGAGUCACUUUAACUAGGAGCUGUAGCCAUGGCCUUGGUUGCUUGUUUUUUUUUUUUUACCUAGACUUUCAUUAUAAUAUCUGAACCCCGCUAAGAUGAAUUCCUAGUCACCUAUUGCACUUGCUUUGACACAGUGGGAUGGGGGAGGAGAUGGGUGGGCCAGGCUGGAACUGGGUUCAUGGACUUAGGGGGGGAUGUAUUCACUAAGGUCAUAGGGUGGGGAAGACAGUAGGUGAGUAAGGUGUGAGGCCAGGGGUGAAGAGGAAGACAAGUUGGUGAAAGCUAGGGAGAGGUGUAGGCGUGAGGUGGGUGGAGCAGGAGUUCAGGUUGAAGUCAAGAAAGAGAGGAAAGGAUCACAAGCCAGGCAGAGGUGUGGCUGUGUGCACUGGAAGGCUGCUUCUGCCUUCCUGCCACCAAGGGACAUUGCUGGCACCAGGCAUGAGGCGUCUGGGGAUGGGGCAAGGCUUCCUGGCUGCACCACACAGGAUGACUAUUUCUCCUUGUGUCACUGCUUGCUGUGACAGGCCCUGGACGUGCCCCCAAGCAGAGGCCCAUGGACCAGGGGACUCUAGGAUUGCUGUCCCCCACCCCACGUCACAGAGAGCACCCCACAGGGUUCAGUGUGGGCGUGUGAAGCUUUUUCUACCUCCAGCCAACCACCGUCCUUGCCUUGGCUCAUUUGUUGGGUGUAGAGAUGUUCCUCCCUUUAACCAUUCCUUCACUUAGCAGGUAUUUCCUGGGGCUCAGGGCAGAGAGGCUCAUAGAUAACAACCAAAUGGACCCCAUCUUCCUGGGAAUGUCCCAAGGCUUACUGGGACUUUCUAACCCCUGAUACGUGCUUUGUUUCCCUGCUGCUCUGGCCCCUCCUAACCAGAACUGCAAGGUGAGGUCUUUGGACCCCAGCCCUCCAGGAGUGAGCGUUUUGGUUUGCCCCUCAGCCUGGUGGCCUUGAGUCCAGCUCCAGGCUGCCAAAGGGUCCAAGAAAAGAGAAAGGAAGUCCCCAUUGCACACACCUGUGUCAUUACCAUAGAAGCGGCCUGGUAUGCAUUAAUGAACGUGCCACCCUACAGUGUCCUGGGGCUGGCAAUGCGUACAGAGGGUUGAGAGGAACACUGGACUGGGCAUGGACAGAGGCGUUUCCAAUCCCUGCUCAUCUCCCUACCCCUGACCUGGACAGGGCGCUCUCAAGGGCUGUGCGUUGCCUUGGACAAAAAGAGGAUUAGGUCCGAAGGUCCUUUCCCACUGUUACCUAUUAUUCUUUGAUUUUUAUUAUAUAUACAUAUAUAUAUCAUGUUUAUUGCUUCAAGAACUAACCCUGCUCAGGAGUAUUUUCUUUAGCUUAAAAAUAAAAUAUAAAAACACGUGGCCAAAUGCGGUGCCAAGGAGACAAUCAUCCAAUUUUCUUUCCUGCUUCUGAGGGUUCUUCUGCUAAGUUGAUUGGCAUCGGCUGUGGGAUGUCUGAUUGUCCUGGGUGAUCACAAGGAACAGAUUCUUACUGCAGCUACCUCCAUGUAAGUGAAUUCCUGGGUCAAGCAAGACUUCCUUUGAAUAAACUGUUACCCAACAAGAA